AUGGGGUACCCUACGUCCACUCUUCCACCCGAUUUUAUUUGGGGGUUCGCAACGGCCAGUUAUCAAAUUGAAGGUGCGACCAAUGUGGAUGGUCGUGGCCCCUCGAUUUGGGAUUCUUUUUGCAAGAUCCCUGGGAAGAUCGCUGAUGGCAGCUCGGGCGAGGUCGCAUGCGCCUCUUACAAUCGAGCUCACGAAGAUAUUGCCUUGUUGAAGGAAUGUGGUGCGCCUGCAUAUCGAUUCUCACUCUCCUGGUCUCGGAUUAUUCCUCUCGGCGGACGUAAUGACCCUGUCAAUGAAAAGGGUUUGCAGUUCUAUAUUAAAUUCGUCGAUGAUCUGCUUGCUGCCGGUAUCACCCCGAUGAUCACCCUUUUCCACUGGGAUCUCCCUGACGAACUCGAUAAACGCUAUGGUGGCUUUUUAAACAAGGAAGAGUUCGUUGCCGACUUCGCGCAUUACGCCCGACUAGUUUUUAAUGUGCUUGGGUCAAAAGUCAAACAUUGGAUUACAUUCAAUGAGCCUUGGUGCAGCAGUGUGCUAGGAUAUAGCACAGGAUCGUUUGCUCCUGGUCGCACAAGCGAUCGAAGCAAGAGUCCCAUCGGCAAUAGCGCAACGGAGCCGUGGAUAGUGGGUCACAAUAUCCUAAUAGCCCAUGGUACAGUGGUUAAGAUCUACCGCGACGAAUUCAAGGGAGAAGAUGGCCAGAUUGGAAUCACACUAAAUGGCGACUGGGCUGAACCUUGGGAUCCUGAAAACCCCGCUGACGUGGAAGCAUGCACUCGUAGACUCGAGUUUGCUAUGUCGUGGUUUGCAGACCCGAUUUAUCAUGGUAAAUAUCCUGAUAGCAUGGUCAAGCAGCUCGGAAAUCGACUUCCUACCUGGGAACCGGAAGAGAUUGCUCUUGUAAGGAAUAGUAAUGACUUCUUCGGAAUGAAUCACUAUUGCACAACUUAUGUUCGCACCAAAACUAGCGAACCCAACCUCGAUGAUUUCGAGGGGAAUGUGGAUCUGCUACAUGAAAAUAAAGCCGGUAAAUCUAUUGGACCGGUCACGCAGUCAUCCUGGUUACGGCCAUAUGCCUUAGGCUUUCGUCAUUUGCUCAAGUGGCUCAGUGAACGAUACGGCUAUCCGAAAAUUUAUGUCACGGAGAACGGUACUUGUGUGUUAGGUGAGAAUGACUUGCCAGUGGAACAGAUUCUCAAUGAUGAGUUCCGUGUGAAGUACUUUGAUGACUACAUCCAUGCCAUGGCCAACGCGUAUACCCGUGAUGGAGUGAAUGUUCACGCUUAUAUGGCGUGGAGUUUGUUGGAUAACUUCGAGUGGGCUGAGGGAUAUGAAACCCGCUUCGGUGUCACUUACGUUGAUUAUAAAAAUGACCAGAAGAGGAUUUUAAAGAAAAGUGCGAAAUCAAUUGGCCCAAUCUUCAAGAAUCUUAUUGAGAAGGAUUGA